UUCACUGUUUCUGCCUUCACUCUUUAUGUCUCGCAUGUUUUCACGGAAAUAACACCUACAGAACAUUAAAUCACCCAGGGCAGGACAAUGAAUGACCGCGAGCUUGAUCUCACGGAAGCGCAAAAAGCUAUAAAAUCAAAAUACCCUCCCAUCACCAAGAAAUAUGAGUAUCUUGAUCAUACUGCAGAUGUCCAGAUUCAUUCAUGGGGUGAUUCUCUGGAGGAGGCUUUUGAACAGUGUGCAAUGGGGAUGUUUGGCUACAUGACAGACACAGAAACUGUGGAACCCAUUGACACUUUAGAAGUAGAAUCAGAAGGAGAUGAUAUGGAGUCACUCCUUUUUCACUUCUUAGAUGACUGGCUCUUUAAAUUCAGCGCAGAUAUGUUCUUCAUUCCUAGGGAAGUGAAGGUGCUGCACAUUGACCGAAUGCGCUGUAGAAUCCGCUCGAUAGGGUGGGGUGAGGAGUUCAGUGUAAAUAAGCAUCCGCAGGGAACAGAAGUGAAGGCAAUCACCUAUUCUGCUAUGCAAGUGCAUGACACAGAGAAACCAGAGAUCUUUGUUAUCAUCGAUAUUUAAAGAACAAAAAAUACAUUACAUAUAAUUUAAUACCUCGUGUUAGUUUACAUCAUUUUAAAAGAUUGUACCAUUUAGUUGGAAUGUGACAGGUGUCAUUUCUGUAAACUAUGAAAUGUUUUGUGGAUUGCCUGGCUGAAAUACUGUUUUUUUUUUUUUGGUCUGAUUUUCAUUAUUAAUAAUGAUAUUAGUAAUUUUCAUUAAUAAUAAUAUUAAUCAUUUUAAUUUUGUAAUGAGAAAUAGGGGUGUGCGAUAUGACGAUUUUUGAUCGUGGACUAUAAAAAUGUCUCCACGAUCUGCUUUUGGAGAAAUAUCAUAGUAUCGUGCUAUUCUAUCAGUACUAAACAUGCCGCCGCUUGUCAUCAAAGGGAUAGUUAACCCAAAAAUUACAAUUCUGUAAUUAUUUACUCACUUACAUGUCCCAAACCUGUCUUAAUUUAUUUCUUGUGCUAAAUAAGAUAUUUUGAAGAAUGUCGGUAACCAAACAGUACCAUGGUCCCCAUUGAAAUUAAUAGAAAUUAUCAAAUAGAUAAUGUUCAACAGAAAAAAAUAAACUCAUUCAGGUAUAAAACACCCUGAGAGUGUGUAAAUGAUGGUAUAAAAAUAAAACACUAUGACAGAAUUGACAGACAGUGAACUGGGUGAACUAUUCCUUUAAUGUUAAUAAAACACAAAGAGAAAAAUCACUCACUGAUCUUGACUGAAGAACUUUAAUACAUAAUCAAUGUCCAAUUGAUGUAUCCACCAUAUUUUUCAAUGUGGAAGUAAGCUGUUUUCUGGUAAUGUGUUAGACGUCCGGUUCAUAAUCCACCACAGGGAAAUUACAAGAAGAAUACUGAAGUGCAGUAAAUGGUAAAACAGUUUGCACUACAAACCAGUGUGCUCAUAAUUAAGAUGAUAUAUUAAAAUAAUAUGGUAAGACACACCAGUUUGCAAUAUCAAGCAGCAGCAAAACAAGUUUUUUGUACAGCUAACAAUAGCUGGAAGUGGAUGAGACUGGAAGCCAUACACAAAACCCCCCCGCUCUCAUGGGAAAAAUAAGGUGGAUAUAGUGUUUCAGUUUUUGUAUUUGUUAAUUCAAUUUAUUGAAUGCUACUGCUAAACACACCUACAGUACCUGAAAAAUAAAGCGCUGUUUGUUUUA